AUGAAAUACGCGAAUCAAGAGUUGAUUAAACUUUUAAGUUGUAAUUCAAAUGACACUAAAGGGGACAAAGAGGCGAAGGAAUCGGUGGAUGUGAUCGAUGGCAUCGACGGCGACACUGAUCUCAUCGCCAAUCAAUAUGAAGGAGGUUUCAAGAUAUGGGAGGGUUUGCAGGAUAUCAUCGAUUACUUCAUUGAAUGCAAAAUAUUUGAUAACUUGUCAAACAAUGAAAACCUCAAUGUCUUGGAAUUGGGAUGCGGUUCUGGUUUGGCGUCCAUUUAUUGCUCC